GUAACUCAAGUAUCAUAAUUGUGGAAAUAAUGGCUCGGCUCAGCUAUAUCACGUUGAUCGCUGUUAUGAAUGUACUAAUGUGCGUUCUUGCAGAAGAAGUAGAGCUCUUAUACUCUGAUCAAUAUGAUUACGUCGAUGUUAAAGCUGCUCUCGACAAUAAAGAGAUGCGAGAAGCAUAUUACAAUUGCUUUAUGGAACUAGCACCGUGCCAGACACCAGAACAGCGGUGUUCGGCGAUGCUUACCAAACUAACUGUAGGAAGUGUACUGAAAAGCAAAAAGAAAACCUAAAUCUAAUUGCUGAGUGGUUCACAGA